AUGACAGAAGCUGUAUCUGAACUAGACUCUUACAUUGAUUAUGACUCUUUCUUAGUAGACCAGUUUGAUCCCAACACUCAUGCCAACUCUAUCAUUCAUCAAUCUGCAAAAGGAGAGCUCGAUAUCGCCACAUCACUCUCAAGUCUUUCAUUCAGUAUUGAUAGUCUCAACAAGCAAUUACAUGAUCAAGUAACUACACAUUAUAAUGACUUAUUGAGUCAAGCAGCAGGGAUUCGGGAAUUGGAGGCAGUCCUCAAGACUGUGAAAACAGGACUUAAGGCAGUCAGUGCUUCCAUGGAGCGACUUUCCACUAAAAUCAAGAUACCCUUCGAACAGAUCCAAACCUAUACGAUUCAACUUGAACGUUUACAGGUCACCUCAGAGAUGUUGAGGAGAGUCUUGCGGUUUUUGUAUUUAAUCAGGCGUUUAGAGUUGCAAAUGCCCGGAGGAGAUUUGGGAGAUCUGGAACUGACAAAAGCAGCAAUGACAUUAAGCGAAGUUGAUACACUUCUUCAGGAAUCUGAUCUGGAAGGUAUUCAUGUAGUGGACGCUGAAGUCAAAAAGUUGGAACUUGUUCGCACAAGGAUUAUUGAAUCAGCUGAUAGGAUGCUUCAGAAUGGAAUGGAUUCACAGAACCAAGCUCAAGUGGGGUCAGCACUACAAGUCUUUUAUUCACUCAAAAGAUUGGAUCUAAAGAUUGUGGCCAUGGCUUCGCUCUUGUCCAAUCGUAUGCAUUCACAGAUCAAACAGACAGUCGACAUCCAAUCCAUACAGAAGGAGGCCAAAGAGUCAGGAAUUAGUAUAUCUUCGGGAUUUGUAGGAGGCGGUGUGCGACGUAACAACGGAGAGCCGAGCGUAGGAGCAGCUCCACUUUGGACAUCGAUUUUAUGGAAGCGGAUGGAAAAACUUAUGGAUGAGAUGUAUGAAGGAUGCAUCAAGAUUUACUUGUUGGAACGGGUUCUCUCAUGGAAGAGGGACCCUUUGACUCAAAACUCGUUCCUGGAUAUUGUAUCCAAUAGUAUGGAUGGUAAUAUGGUCCAUCGGUUUUGGCAAUCUUUGUCAAUGCAUCUGGAGCAAGAACUUAAAGCUGCAGCAAGAUCUUCUCAGUUCUUACAGCAGGCGUUCAUUGAUGGAUUUCCUCGGUUGCUUAAUCUACUGCAUGAAUUCUUUUCUCGAGUAUCAGUUCACAGUGCUAAUGCAACAUCUGAAGAUGUACAAAGCCCUGAAGUGGUCCUCAUGUUACGAGCAAUAUCAUCUUUUGAGAUGGCAUACAAGACAAAGACAGCACAAAGAGGCAGCCAACGUUAG